AAUAUUCAUCAUGCCUGGUUCGGAUGUCCUACCCGGCAAUAUCAUCGUAACGGAAUACGAGAUACAUAUCAAGCCUAGUCUGGACACUUUCAAGUUUGAAGGCUCUUCACGGAUCCACUUAACUGUCGUGGAGGCAACAACUAUUAUCAAGUUACAUGCGAAGGAGUUGGCCUUCGAGCCCAAGGUUGUUUUUACCCCAUCUGGUCGUGAUCCUAUCGAGGCUGUUUCUGUGAGACUCUCGCCGGAGUCUACUGUGGUCAGCUUUGAGUUCGGGGAGGAGUUGUCUAUGGGCCCGGGGAGCCUUGACGUCGACUAUAUCGGAACUAUCAAUGACCAAAUGGCCGGCUUUUACAGGUCUAGUUACACUGACCUGUCGGGCAAGCAGCGUUAUAUGGGAACGACGUUUUUCGCUCUCAUCCAUGCCCGAAGGGCCUUCCCUUGUGUGGAUGAGCCCGAGGCCAAGGCUGUCUUCCGUAUAACCAUCUCGUGCGAUGCGCGGCUACAGGCUAUCUCAAAUAUGCCCGAAGCCUCGAGAAGCCUGUACAAUGGUGGGAGCCCUGGUUCCCCCAUCCCUUAUCAAAAGGUGGAAUUCAUGCCCACGCCGAGAAUGAGCACCUACCUCUGUGCCUUCUGUAUCGGCCAGUUCGAGUUCCUCCAGGCUACUACUCGGAAUGGGACUUUGGUUCGAACCAUAUGCACGCCCGGCAAGAAGGACCUUCUGCAUUAUGCUCUGGACUGCGGUGUUAAGUCCAUCGAAUGGUAUGAGGACUUCUUUGGUAUGCGCUAUGCCCUCCCCAAAAUGGACAUGAUAGCCAUUCCCGACUUCGCCAUGGGAGCUAUGGAGAAUUGGGGCCUGGUCACAUACAGGGAAACUGAUCUCUUAUGCGAUCCUGAAAGAACUUCCGUUGCUCGAAUGGCCCGAGUCGCCACUGUAGUAGCCCACGAGCUGGCCCAUCAGUGGUUCGGCAAUCUGGUCACGAUGCAUUGGUGGGACGAGCUCUGGCUCAACGAGGGCUUCGCUACCUUUAUGCAGUAUCUCUGUACAGACGCCCUUCAGCCCGAACUAGGCGUCUGGAACAUGUACAUCUCGGACACCCUCGAGGGAGCUCUAACUGUUGACGGCCUGAGGUCGAGCCAUCCCAUCGUGGUCCAUCUAGAUAGUGCUGAAGAAGCUGAACAGGUCCUCGACUAUAUAUCAUAUCGGAAGGGCUCGGCGGUUGUGAGGCUCCUAUGGAGCUACGUUGGUGAGGAGAAGUUCCAAAAGGCAUUACAGUUGUAUAUGGGAAAGCAUCGGUAUGGCAACGCGACUACAGACGAUCUUUGGAAGGCCGUGGAGGAGGUAUCGGGCCAACCCGUGAAGGAGAUGAUGGACUCAUGGACCGACCAGAUGGGCUACCCUGUAUUGGAGGUCGGCCCUCGUGACUCCAAUGGUAACUGUAGAGUCGCACAAAGUUGGUUUCUAUCUGAUGGCUCGGUGAAGGAAGGGGAUGAGGAGAAGAAGUGGGUGGUGCCGAUCCUCGUUGGUGAUGAUAAGACCCCGGAAGCCUCUCUGGGGAGUUUGACGCUCCUAAAGGAUAGAGAGACUACUGUCAAGGUGUCUACUUCCAAGUGGCACGCCUUCAACUGGGGUGCUUGGGUACCCUAUCGAGUCCACUACACUUGCCAUGCUGAUGUUGAUGCCCUUCUCGAAGCUAUCACAUCCAAGGAGCUCCCCGUGGCAAACAGAAUUCACUUCGCCUUUGACACACUGGCCCUAUGCAAGGCUGGGCGGGUGCAGCCCGAGGAGAUCCCCAAGGUCCUCCUUGCUUACAGAGAGGAGGUCGACCCCGAUGUCUGGGAUGCCCUUGUGAGAGUCAUAGGAGCUCUUCAUCUAGUCUGUGUCGGUAUCGGCAAGGAAGAGCCCUUCGAGCAGCUCGUCCACUGUAUGAUUGAACCACUCCUAACUAAGUGCGGUUGGCGCCUCAAGAACACUGAUACGGCAAAGGACCGCCAACUUAGAGCAGCUGUGACCUCUCUAGCAGCCAUCCACUGCCAGUCGGAUGCAGGCCUUGCUGCCUCCUGUGUCGAGAUGACUCUAGAUUACCUUGAUGACCACACAAGCCUAGCUGAUGAUGUUCGGGCAUCGGUGUUCAAGUUGGCCCUAGCUGGUGGGGAGAGUAGCGAUGAGCUCUGGAGGCAGCUCGUAAGUAAGGCUGAAGAUCCCGCUACACCACAGACUGAACGUGUCGACAUAUACCACGCGAUAGGAUUCGUCCGCAGCAAAGCACUGAAGCGGAAGGUUUUACAGUGGAGUCUGACGCCAUCGGUGAAGACCCAGGAUUUCUUCUUCCCAAUGGCGAGCGUUAGGCUCUCCUCGAAGGACGGCGCUGACCUUGCCUGGGAUUGGCUGGAGACGAACUUCAGUGCUGUUCGUAGCAGAGUGUCUACGGCGAGCUCGACUCUCCUGGCCUCUGUCCUUAUCAGCUGCUCGAGGAAUGCUUAUACAGUGGAAAUGGCGGAGCGUGUGGAGAAGCUGAUGGCCGAUAACAACCUGAAGGGGAUAUCCCGUUCGGCGUCCCAGGUGGCAGAGACUAUCCGCUCUAAUGCUGCCCUCGUCGGAAGAGCAUCCAACUCCCCACUCGCGAGCGCUUCAUAUUGGCAACAGCUCGCGACCAACCUUUGA